AUGAGGCGGCCUGGUGCAGCACAUUCAGUUGCUUGGAAACAUCACAAACGAGAGAUUCAGCUGAGUUCCAGGUUUGAACGGGGACGUAAUCCUCAGACGGAGAAACGGUUUUUGUCAGGUGAACAGCUCAAAUUAGGCCUGUUAGCCCGGAGUGAACGAUUUUUCAAGCGACCACAUUUUUCACAGUCCUCACGGUUCAUGUGGAGCAGCUUAUCCGAAUAUGUCAGACAAUCGGAAGAACUGAUCGGUCGUUUUCUUACUUAUUCGCUCGCCCUCGCCGCUGAACAUUGCAAACGCUUCCUUCGAAGAACUACCGAGGUGGGACUGUUUGAGAUUCACUUUGUUGAUCUGGUAGGAAUUUCUAAGGUUGGUCUGGGACGGUGA